GGAAAAAAAAACAAAUUUUGUUAUUCCCAAUAUGAUCAGGGAAAAAAGAAUAGAACACUGUACAUGAAAAAUUUCUCUACAAAAUCGUUUCAAUGCCGAAGAUACUAAGAUCUACUAUUCAUGCUAGAGAUGACGUCAAGGAAGAUAUCCUCCGGAAUAGGAAUCGUAAGCCCGCCCAUCGGAUGAUCAAAUCCAAAUUCUUCUUCAGCUUGACAGAGCAGGUCUUGGAAUGAAUGAUCCUUCAAGUAUGUUAUUGGAAGGACAAAGCGUUUCUUCUCGCCCUCGCCUACAUAGACUGCAAAGUGACCCUUGGGAACCUCACUUUCUCUGUUUGUUCUCGAGGAAGACCUUCUGAGGCCUCCUUGCUUCCCACGGAGAAUGCGCCCCAUACUGAUUGCCAUAUUUCUUUAGAAUCUGGAGGAAGCGUUAAAUGAAGAAACAGUUUGUGAAUGCUGAAAUAAUGUUCUUUGUGAACUGUGGAGGAAGUCCUUGAGUUUGAAUGGUGGUGAAUACCAACUAAAAUGUGUUUAUAUAGAUAUAUGAUCCUUUAGAAGGUGUAAUAAGUGAUAUGAAGUUGAGAUAGCUCAACCACAUAUCUCAUUACCACAUGCUUUUGUCUUCCAAUUAUGUGCACUGCCAGCAUGGUUGGUACAGCACAAGGAGUGGUAUUUGUGUAUGAAACGUUCUUUGGGAAAUCAUCAAUAGUUUAUACUGCCUAUGAACAUUAUUCCCCACAGGUUUCAAUGAAAUUGAAUAGAUAAUGGCAGCUCAACUACUUAUGCUAUUCAAAGAAUAAUGAGAGAUGAAGAUUCAUGGUAUUUUCCCAGAAAAUAGAUCAACUGAUUUGCUUCAAUGGGAAACAUAGCCAUGUGAUUCUGAUUACAUGUCUUCCUGAUUGAAGCUAAAUGGCCCCAUGUGUCUAGUUAGCACAUGGUUUUGCCUUCAUGAAGAACUGAAGCUUUUGCCAGCCUGCUGAACAUGAUAAAUAGAAGGCUUGCAUCUUCUGCAUUCUGAUUAACAGACACUGCUAUGGUUCCAAAAAAUUAUCUACUUGAUUUAGUUCUUAGAAAGAAGUGUGUCCAUUGGUGUCCAUAAGUGCGGCUUCCUAGAAGUUAAGUGGGGCUUUCUGGUUUCUCUUCUUUUAAUGAUGAAUGGCUUCUUUAUUUGGAAUGUUACAAAGGGGUUGCCUGAAGAGAAAGCUCAAACCAUACUUUUUACAGCCUCAUUUAUGGUAGUAAUAUUUUGGCAAGGCAGAGAUUGGGGCAAAUGCUGGUUGAAAGAUCCUGAGCAGAAUGGCAUUUUUAGUAACUGUUUUGCAUAAUGGAGCUAGAGUCAGCCAGCGUUGAUCACUCAGAAGAAAGCAUUUCGAUUCAUUAGAAUGUGAGGGAAUGAAGUUGGAGAGUAGUGUGAAGAAUAAAUGUCAAUGGCCCUUUCGAGUGGAAAGUUUUUCUUUCAGCCCUGCUUAAAACUCUCUUUCCUGCUUAAAACAGUUUCUUAGCAAUAAGUUCAUAAAUAAAAUGGAGCUACUUGGCUGAUUCUUUGGAUGUCAAGUACUGUAAUCAAUGGAGGCACUUUACACGUUGAUGAGCCCAAAUUCUUUGCUGCCUGCAUUCUGCGAUAUGAAAUGUAUGAAAGUGUGGGGAUAAAAAACAAUACUUAAGAGAGAGCUGAAUUCAAAAUGUGAUGGCUUUCACCGAAUGCUUAGCAACGAAAUGGCUCGGCCUUAUUAGUUUCCAUCCAAGUUGCAACAAGUUACCACAGGGUUCUUCAGGAUGCUUAUUAUUUGCAACUGCUAUCCUGUGUGUUUCCAAUGAUCAGACACUUGCUACAUUGCUAUAGCUGGUGGUGAGUAGUCUUGAAUUGUGCCAAAUGAAGGUAAAAUUGUAUGGACUUUGGUGGUCAUCUGGUUCGAUUUUCUGUUUUCAUUUGUAAUAUCCAGGUUGAGCAUUUCUUUCAAGAAGUAAAUAGAUUCUCGGAGCGAUGUUUUUGCUACAGGAGGUGGUAUUUAUCGUCACUUUCCAUGCCUCACUUAUGAGCAUGGGAUCAUUACAUCUUCAUGUACUACCAAGAAUCCACGCAAAUAAGGAGAGCGAGUGGGAUAGGCGGAUAAAUAUGGAAGACGGAGCUUCACUCAUUCUUAAGAAAAAGUCUAUAACAUCCAUUUAUGUUGUGUAAAGUUUAUGGUUUCCAUUUGUUCAUAUUCAAUCUCCUCAAUUUAUGUUGAGAAGAGUUCCUUCCACCUUUGCUAAAGAUUAUCCAUGAUGUUGAGGAAAUCCUUGAAAAACGAAAGAGAGAUUAUGUUCCC